GCAGCGCCGACACUCACAUUGUGCUUUCCCACCCGCUGAGCUGCGUGUUGCCGAGCAGGGAGGACGCCUCUCCUCCGCGCUCCUGGCCACAUUACUAAUACAGUUUUCUGCUCUCGUCUCCGUGUUCGUGGCUCCUCCCCACGCUGAUUAAAUGCCCGCUCUGCGCCUCAGUCUGCUGCAGUUGAAGGCUGUGGUGACAGAGGAGCAGUAGGACGGAUUUCCGUCAUCCCGACAUCAAGCAAACAUCUGAGUUUUCUCAUUCGGGGACCUUCACCAUCCCAGCAGUUCCAACCAUGAAGACCAUUCUUGCUGCAUACUCUGGCGUCCUCAAAGGCACUGGCUCCAGCAUCCUCUCUGCCCUGCAGGACCUGUCCUUGGCAUUCUGGCCCUGCAGAUUCAAGAUGGAGAAACAUCUGCAGGUCAUCUCUGUGCUGCAGUGGGUCAUCUCCUUCUUGGCCAUGGGUGUUGCCUGCACUGUGCUGCUGAUCUACAUGUUCUGCACUGACUGCUGGCUUAUUGCUGCCAUUUACACUGCCUGGCUCAUCUUUGACUGGAACACCCCGAAACAAGGUGGCAGGAGGUCCUCCUGGGUGAGGAACUGGACAGUGUGGACAUAUUUUCGUGACUACUUUCCAAUCAGGCUGAUUAAAACUCACAACCUACUGCCCAACCGGAACUACAUAUUUGGGUACCAUCCUCAUGGCAUCUUCUGUUUUGGGGCUUUCUGCAACUUUGGGACAGAGGCCACAGGAUUCUCCAAGAAAUUCCCAGGCAUCAAGCCGUCCCUGGCAACCCUGGCAGGAAACUUCCGCCUUCCUGUCCUUCGAGACUAUCUGAUGUCUGGAGGUAUCUGUCCAGUAAACAGGAACUCCAUCGACUACCUGCUGUCAUGUAAUGGGACAGGAAAUGCUGUGGUCAUCGUUGUUGGGGGAGCAGCAGAGUCUCUGCAGUGUGCUCCAGGCAUGCAUUCUGUCACCCUGAAGAACCGUAAAGGUUUUGUGAGGCUGGCAUUACAGAAAGGCUCUGACCUGGUACCAGUGUAUUCAUUUGGAGAGAAUGACGCCUACAAGCAGGUGAUCUUCGAGGAAGGGAGCUACUGGAGGACUCUGCAAAAGAGAUUACAGAAGAUUUUAGGCUUUGCCCCUUGCCUUUUUCAUGGAUGUGGCCUCUUCUUUGGCAACUCCUGGGGCUUCGUGCCUUAUUGCAAGCCUAUCACCACAAUAGUUGGGGAGCCAAUCACAGUGCCAAAAAUUGAGGAUCCAACUGUGGAGGUGGUGGAUCUGUACCAUGCAAUGUACAUCAAGUCCCUCCAGUGCCUAUUUGACAAGUACAAGACCCGCUUUGGCCUGAAAGAGAGUGAUGUCCUGCACAUCGAGUGAAAAAAUGAGGGGACACCGCUGAAGCUCUGAACUGUGGCAGUUUCUUCACAACUCCCCCACCACCUUCCCCACCUCGCCCCCGUUCGGUGCCCACUUUAGAUUAUCUCUGAACUGCAAAGUCUACACAUGAGCACAUUUGCAAAAGAAACCUUUGCUCUCUGCAUUGUUACACACACACUCACACACACACACACA